CUCAAGCCUCUACCAACUCUCAAGUUGGAGCUCUUCCCUCGUGGUUCGGAGCCAGCCUUAAUUAUCCACCUGACUGUAAUUAAUGCAGCAGGCUCAGAGGGAGCUGCUGGUGGUGUUCUGAUGGAACUAUUUGUGCGGCUUCAGCAGCAUCCUCUUGGUGCAGCAGCAGUAGCCCUCCCCCUCCGCAGCCGAUCCAGCAGUAUGCCCGACGUUCAAACGGAAGCAGGCGCUACCAUUUUGAAACACACCACCGCUUAGUGUGGUCAAACACAUUGGUCCUCUGUUUUCUGUGCAGCGCCAUGGACAAAAGCCACACAGUCAAGCUCUUCGUUGGCAACCUGGCGUUAGACACCACCCAAGAGGAGCUGUCGGCCAUCUUCGAGCCAUACGGCCAGGUGGUCAGCUGCAGCGUGUUGCGACAGUUCGCCUUUGUGCAUCUGCAGGGUGAGGGCGCCGCGGAGCGAGCCAUCAGGGAGCUCAAUGGCCGAGAGUUUCGUGGUCGGAACUUGGUAGUGGAGGAGUCCAGGGGCAGGCCACUGCACUCCACCAAGGUGUUUGUGGGUAAUCUGAGUGGCAUGUGCACCACCGAAGACCUCCAGCAGCUGUUCCAGACUUUUGGGAAAGUUCUCGAGUGUGACAAAGUCAAAGGUUAUGCUUUUGUUCACAUGGAAAACAAGGAAGAUGCUCUUCAGGCCAUUGAAGCCCUCCAUGGCACCUCCUUUAAGGGCCGCCCCCUCUCUGUAGAGCUGUCAAAGGUGCAGCCCAGCAAACAGGCGCCGACAGGGAAAAUCCCCUGUGUCAACUGUGGGAAGCAGGGCCACUAUGCCGGAGAGUGCCCCGUGGGCAAGCCUUCUCUGGAGCAGUACCAGAGUCAGGCUGCUGUCUUGGCUGCGGCAGCGGCUGCAGCUGCUGGUCUGCCUCUGCAAGUCCAACAAAGUGUGCACAACUCGGUCUAUAACACCUCCACCUUUGACCCCACAUAUGCUGCUCUGACAGGGAUUACCACGGGCUCGCGUACUGACGGGAAUCCAGUGAAUCCAGCUGUGUAUGGGGCCCUGGCCAGUCAGGUGUACGGUGCCAACGUUGCCAGUCAGCUUUACGGAACAGUCGCCAGUCAGGCAGCUCUCACCUCCGGGGCCACACAAGUAUACAGCUCCAUGGCGCCCAACAUCUACGGGCAGAUGGCUACAUCCCCUGCAGCUGCUGCGGCAGCCGCCGCCUAUACAACUCCAGUUUACACCCCAACAAUGGCCAACCACCCCGUCUAUCUAGCAGCUGCACCCGGUAUGGAAGUUCCAGCAGGGGCAACCGCGGUCAACCCCGCCUACAGUGUUGCCUCGGCAAUUUACGGCACAGCCACACCAGCCUACGCUCAUAUAAGCGCCUUGGGAGCCGCAGACCCAACCACGGCCCUCUUUGAGGCUGCCAGACAGGCGCACUACUUUGCCCAAGGCCAUCAAGUCGUGGCUGAGCAGCAGACGGCGGCUGCUGCAGUGGCAGCUGCUGUGGCCAAGUCUGGGGAGAGGGAUCGCAGUCCUCUACGGAGGUCGGCACCUCUGCUCCCAGACCCCGUAAUGAAGCCAUUUAUAUACCAGAGGGCCAAACCCCGCAGGCCGCUGCUGCCCACACCGGCUGGCCGUGCAGCUGAAGAAGCAGUAGAAGGCGUGGAAGACCCCAUGGCCAGGUACUAUGCAGAGUACUACCAGCAGCUGCAGCAGUACCCCCAGUUCCAGUAUGCCUACCCACAGAGCACAGUGACAGCCAUUCCUGGCAUACCGGGGGUCCCGGGAGUUCCCGCAGUACCUGGGAUGACUGCCCAGCCUGUCGCUACAUUGGAUGCCCUCAGGCCAGUGGUCCCCACCGCUGCGGCAGUAGCAGCCGCCAUGGCUGCGCCCAGGGUGUAUGAGCCGCCGUUGCCGCCGCCCGCGCGCAAGGAGGCCAUCCUCCGCCGCCCCGAACUCUCCCUUCACACGCCUGAGCCCCCCUUUCGAUAGUCACACUCAACUGUCUGCCCUCCCCCAGCUCCUCCCUCUCUGCCCCGAACCCCCUAUCCCACCCCCACAUCACCUUUUUUCCACCCAGACUUGACCUUCCAGCAGUUGUGUGUUUGCGUGUGCUUGCCUGUGGGGAUAAUCUGCAGUGUGUGGGUGGGGCUAUCAAACUGGGAGGGGGUUGGGGCUUUUGGGUUUAUUAACCUGCUUUACGAGGGACCCGACCUGUUCACCUUGGUCCAUCUUGCACACACAGUGCAGCCGUUAAAGGGAGGUUCCCGUCCAUUCUGCGGGCAUUCUCUACGCUUCUCAGUUUUCUGUUCUUGUUGUGCCAGUCUCACCUUGUGCCAGUAUUAGACUGACCCAGUCGGUCGUUUCAUAUGCCUUUAUUUCUUUAUGAUGGUUUUCUGAGGCCAAAUCUCCAGUGAACAUCUGCCAUGCUCCUUUUCGGCCUAGAUGAUCAGUUAGGGCAGCUAGUUUGAAACCUUUUUUGCCUUAAGCUGAUAUGUUUCUAUUUGUAACCAGAUGGGAAGCCAAGGCGCUGCACUGGAUUGUGUUCAACGGAUCCAAGGUUCAGGGUUGCUUUUUUAUUAUUAUUUAUUUUUGUUUGGGGUGGGGGGCUGUGUGAAUGCCUGAGACGCUGUGAGCUGUUGACUUUGCAACACACAAACGCAUUGUCGGAGUCCAAGCCUAGUCUGGGGGGGGGCACACGUAUAUGCGUACUGCACUGUCUGUUGAGAUACCCCUCUGGGCCCUUCCCCUCACUUCAACUGUCACACUGAAAGACACUGCUUCACCUCUGUCCAACCUACCUCUUACUGUAAACUUCAGCACCGACUCUGUUCCCUUACAUUUCAUCCGGUUCAUGGACUUGGAAAUAUAGAUAGCAUAGAGCAAAGCAUAGAUUUGUUUUUGAAGAGAUUCUGCGUCAAUUCUUUCAUCGUAUUCAAAGGAUUUUUGUUUUUUCUUUUAGAGUAAACAAUAAUUUUUUUGUUUAUUUGUAGUAUAGUUUAAAUACAAGUUUUUAUUUUGAUGUAAUGAACUGUAAAAGUACAAAAACAAUUUCUGUGACUACUGAAUUAACUGUUUACAAAACAAAUUCAAACUGUAUUCUUUUAAAAGUAAUGUGACGCAGACAACCAUGUGCCUAUCAUUCUCAAGUAAAGUGCAUUACGUGAAGGGAUCUCCUGUUUUUUGUUUAGUUUUUGAAAUGCUUCAGAAGUACACAAAACCAUGCAGGCUUUACUUCCUCCAAGCAACACAGCUUUGCUUUUUUUCCUCCUCAAUCCAUGAUUUUCAUGUUCAAAGGUUUUAGACAAAAGCCACAAAGUCAGCCUGGCAGGUUUGAAAGAACCUGCAGGCUUAAAGCAGAAAACUAGUGAUGGCACCAAUGAAGUCAGAGAUGGGGCAGUGUCUUCCAGUCACCUGAAGAAACCUUUUGGGUCCUGAAAAAUCCCAGACCUGCUGUUGUUUAUUUUUAUCUGUUUGAAAAUUGUUGUCUGACCAUAUAGGUGGGAUUUGCCACAUAGGGAUAGUUGGGAUGGAUUUGAAAAAGAUCUGAACCUCCGACUGCAUGUACAUUUUGCUUUAUAGACCUAUAAAAGUGGGAAAUGCCACCUAUUUAGUUCCAUUUAACUCUGAUAUUUUUUAGUUUUGUUUGACAGCAGUCUGAAGCACACACACACUCUUGAGUCACCUUACUGCCUCAUCGAUACCCCUCUCCCAUUUGUGUUUUUGUUUUUGUAAGUGGUUCAGUAACGUCUGCAUCUCCCAAUAUAAUCUCUGUGUCCUUUAUACAAACACAUACCAGUUUGCAUCCUUUGUAGAAAUGUGGUUUGCGAAAAUGUCUUGUUUUAUAUGUAUUUUUUAGAGAAGAAUUUUUUAUUUAGCCUUUUUUUAUAGGGAACAGAGAAAAUUAAAAAUUUUAAAAUUUAAAAAAUCUGCAUGCUUUUUAUUGAGAACAUGUAUAAUAUUAAUCUUAUUAUAAUAAAGAAUGUUGGCUGACUGCUGUGAUAAAAGAAAGACGAGGGUUGGACAUUUCCCCUUCUUGUUUAUGUUCUUUUCUACUAUCUGUUUCUUUCGUUAAUACUGGCCAGAACCAUUUGACUGGGGGACCGAGGGGGAGGCAGGUGUAACUGCUGCUCCAGCUUUUCUCUCUUUGGUCAGGGUAAGUUCGGGUUGGAGCUCCUUCCUCUCUCCAGCCCCUCAAAUCCAAACCUCUUUAGGGCUUUUUUUUUUUUUUUUGGUAGUCGUUUAUCACAUUCCUGCAAGAUUUGUGGCCUUCCAAUUGAUUUCUUUUUUUGGAGAAAUGAUUUUACUGACAUUGAGAGCUGGGGAGAGGCACACAGAUGGAAUGGCCUGGGUGCAUUUUGAUCUGUGGAGCAAUUCUGUCCCUGGGCUUGAUGGGUGUGCGUCUGGUCUGGUCUUUACUCGCUGCACCAAGUUCCUCUUCAUGUGUCUCUGCUCAUUCUACUCUUUGACUUGCAUGUGUGAAAAACUGUAACUUUCCUGGAAAGAAAGCACACACAAAGAAAAAAUCAAGCAAAUAAACAAACAAACAAAAAACCUAGACAGUCCAGCUCUGAACUAACCAUGUCAACUGAAUUAGGUGGCCUGGAAUGACCCAACGUGAACCACGGGGACAACAUUUAGCGCAACGUCAUCACAGCGGAAACUUGUCUCCCUCUACACUACCAAGGUAAAUGGAAAAAACGCCACCCCACCCACCCCACUCCCCCAGGAAAAAAAAUGUAAGCACUGACCUCUCACUCGCCUCCCUUCCUUUGACUGUGCCUUGACCAACCACCACUCCGCUCCUACCCUCUUUCAUCAGUACUCCUUCUACCCGGUCUGCUACCUCCCCUCACCCCUCCUCUGCUGCAUUGGCAGUGCUUACCUUCAUGUGCAGAUUUUAGUACCUCCUCCUAUAGUUCAACAUGAUUUUGUCUUUUGUAAAAACAACCAAAACUCCUCUGAGUGGGACUUAGCAUUGGACGAUACAAUCUUUGAUAAACAUAACAUUUUAUCAAAAUAUUAGGUGUUCAUUUCUAGUCAAAGAGUCGCAUCUCAGGCCGGAAGGUCUCAGUAACUUUUAUAGUCUGAGACAGUUCAGCAGCAGGUUGUUAAAAAUAAGUGGUUUGUUGAAAUGAGUUUUGAGGAGGAAAACCUCUUCAACAAACCAAAAAGAGAGAAACACAAAGUUUUUGACAUUAGUGAUGAAACAAAAAUCUUGUAUCAGAAACUCAACUUUUCCUCAGCCAAGCAUGUUUGUGGGAGCAUGAUGAUUAGGGUAUUUGUUCUGCUGUGUCAAGUUUGCACUUUUGCCUUCAGCAUUGUCAGUUAACCAUUUAACACCAGAAAUUUUGCCAGUGACACCUAAAUAUACACUUCCUUUGACUCGAAACAGCGUUUACUUGAUCAGCUAAUUCUGGCACCAAUAUAUGUGUCAUUACUGCGAAAAUCCACUUUUCUUCACAGUCAGCUGAUUUGCGUUGAUCGUGUACGCCCUUCACUACUGUACUACAUCAAACUACUUCAAAAUCCACUGGGAUAGCAUUGAUUGCGUAGACGAUUGAAGAGUUGCAGUAGUCUCAAGAAUGUCAACACUGGAGCUAAAGCUCUGGUGUUAAUGGGUUAAACCAGCAGUUGGCUCCUUAUGGACAUAGUCUCUAUAGUCAUAGUCCUUAGUUUUAUACUUUAUAGCAAUCAGCUAUUGCAUCAAUUGUAUCGCCUUGUUUCCGCAAUUGUGUUAUCUAGGUUAUACUAAGGUUGGCCAGUUUAACUUGCAACUGACAGCGAUAACUUCAACGAACCUCUAAGUGGUGUUUAUACUUUUCAAGUGAUUCUGUUGUUUGCUUAAAAAUAUGUGUAAAUUGUGAAUCUAUUCCCACUCUGUAUUUUGGGAAUUAUAAUACCAAGUAGAAAUAAUUAAACCUUGCUUACAACCAGGCAACUCUGACAAUGACUUUUGGAAUAAAUAUAAACGUAACAUUGCUUUCAGUUGGAUGAUGCUUGAUGAAGUGUUCCAGAAAUUACAUCAACUGGUAAUUCUUCCGAGCAGUGUUUAAAAAAAACAAUUUUCUGGAUCAAGCUUGCUCCGCCAUCGUGUAUUCCAGUCGCUCUAAAUAAGUAAAGCUUAAGUGUUGCGAUAUGCACGCGAUUGUACUAUGGACGUAAAAUUCCAAUUGCGGAUGAUGUCAUCAGCUUGUCACAUUUUGCAGCGAAUAGUGCAAUUCCCUUCCGAUUGCCUUGUGACCAAUGCGAUCCAUGUAAUUAAUAAUCACUGAAGUAUAAUCCAUGCACAACAGUUCAGGUAUAAGGCACAAGAGUUUUUUAUUUACUUAGCAUUUGUUAUCUAAAUAAAAACAUCCAACAGCAUUCUGGGCUAUUUCUGAUUCUGGAGGCCAAUAACUAAACUUUUACUGCCGCUUGAGUUGGUUCCAGCCAGACGUCAGUCAAAAAAAUAGAUUUUCUUUACAUUUUGUAUUUUACACUUUGCUGCAUCAUUUUGACUCAAUUAAAGGAAAAUUAAGUCUUGAGGUUUUUUCCCUGUACCAAGAUUAAGUACAAUCACCUGAUUUUUACAGAAGGAGAGAAUGCUAUUGUCUGCAUAUGACUGUGUACUUCGGGUUCUCCUUGCUGGGGGAGGGGGUCGUGUAGGGAGGUUUGAGAUCUUCCCCUAAGACUGGGUCCGGCCUUGCAUCAGCACAGAAUGCGGUUGACAGCGCCCCCUUCUGUCCUGCCAAUGUAUGAGCUUGUGUAAGCAGGGUGUUUGCCGUGUCAUGGCGUGCUCGUGUGUGCCAGCAGAGCGUCCUCUCUUUGGUGCCGUUUCACUGAUCCGCGAGGCUUGGGAUUCUGCGGACACACCCUCACCCUUUACCCUGCCAACAGUCAACUUUCGUCCAACGCCGCCGAACUCGCCGCCUUACCUCUCCCUCCCCUCCCUUCCCCCUCCCUCAACACCCUUGUGUCCCUCUGCGCCUCUCCUCUCUGUCGUCCACAAACGACGCUUAUCCCGCCGCCACCGCCGCCGCCACUUUGGAUCUAGGUUUUUUGGCAGAAGCAUCCACCUGGCCCAAACACACACCCCCCCCCCCUCCAUCCUGUGACUUUGGGGUGUCAGGAGACUGUAUGUGCAGGACGGGUUGGACUUUACCUCACAUGGAGCAGUGUUUUGUCCUCACAUCAAUUUAGAUAUCAACCAGCUCCUCCUUUAAGUUCCAAUCAGAAAUGUCCUAUAAGACACUCCCAUGGCAGUGAGGCCCCCAACCUGACCUGUAGAUUCUCAUCAAUCUCAGGACUCUUAUAGGACCUUUCUGGUUUGGCAGCUGGUAAUCCUGGGUGAAGGUGAUGAGCCCUGACUUACUGAAGAAUUUUUACUAGAAAUAAAAUGAAAAGCUACUUUACUUGACCCUCACAGCCUCUGUGGGGGGAGGAGACAAGGAAUAGAGUUGAAAAAUGAAAACGUGAUAAAGGAUAGCAGUUAAUUAUUAGGUGAGUUGGUGUUUGAUCCUAUCAGCUCCUGCUAGUGGAGAACCACACUGCUACGGUCGGAAACCUUUCCCCCAUUUACUUAAGAAUUAUCCUUGAUCUUUUAAACCAUUUACAGUGGCUUGCAAAAGUAUUCAUAUCCCUUGAACUUCUCCAUAUUUUCUUACAUUAUGACCAUAAAUAUAAAUAUAUUUUUAAUGGAAUGGUAUGUGAAAGACCAACACAAAGUGGCACACAAUUGUGAAAUGGAAAGAAAAUUAUACAAGAGUUCAAUUUUUAUUUUUUUUUACAAAUAAAAAACUGACAAGUGCAGUGUUCAAAAGUAUUCAGCCCUCCUGAGUCAAUACUUUGUGGAACCCCCUUUUGCUGUAAUUACAGCUGCAAGUUUUUUGCGCCAUGUCUCUACCAGCUUUGCACAUCUAGACACUGAAAUCUUUGCCCAUUCUUCCUUACAAAACAAUUCAAGAGAAGUUAGAUUAGAUGGAGAAGAUUUGUGAACAGCUGUUUUCAGAUCUUGGCACAGAUUCUCGAUUGGAUUUAGGUCUGGACUUUGACUGGGCCAUUGCAACACAUGAAUAUGUUUCAUUUUAAACCAUUAGAUUGUAGCUUUGGCUUUAUGAUUAGGGCUGUUGUCCUGUUGGAAGGUGAAUCUCCUCCCCAGUCUCAAGUGUUUUACAGACUUUAACAGGUUUUCCUCCAAUAUUUCCCUGCAUUUUGCUCCAUCCAUCUUCCCAUCAACUCUAACAAGAUCGCCUGUGCCUGCUGAAGAGAAGCCGCUCCAGACCAUGAUGUUGCCACAAGCAUGUUAGACGGUGGGUAUUGUGUGUUCAGAGUGAUGUGCAGUGUUAGAUUUCCGCCACACACAGCACGUUUAAUUUUGGUCUCAUCUGACCAGAGGACCUUCUUCCAGAUGUUUGCUGGGUCACUCACAUGGCUUAUGGCAAACUGUGAAAGGGACUUCUUUUCUUUUAACAAUUGCUUUCUUCUUACCACAAUUCCAUAAAAUCCAUAUUUGUGCAGUGCACAACUGAUCGUUGUCCUAUGGACAGAUUCCCCCACCUGCCGUACCUUUUCCAUUUGGGGAUGAUGGAUUGAACUUUGGUUCGGGAGAUGUUUAAAGGUUGGGAAAUACUUUUAUAGUCUAACCCUGCUUUAAAUUUCUCCACAACUUUAUCCCUGACCUGUCUGGUGUGUUCCUUGGACUUCAUGAUGCUAUUUUCUCGCCAAUUUUCUCUUUCAAACCACAGAGACUGUCACAAAACAGCUAUAUUUGUACUGAAAUUAAAUUACACACAGGUGGACUCUAUUUAGUGAUCAAGUCGACAUUUGAUAAGUCACCAAUCAUCAAGCAACUUCUGAAGUCAAUUGGAUGCACUCGGAGAAAAGAGGGGUGAAUACUUCUGAACUCUGCACUUUACAGUUUUUUAUUUGAAAAAUAAAGAAUGAACUCUUGUAUAGUUUUCUUUCUACUUCACAAUUGUGUGCUACUUUGUGUUCAUCUUUCACAUAAAAUUCCAAUAAAAUAUUUGUGGUCAUAAUGUGUCAAAAUGGGGAAAAGUUCAAGGGUAUGAAUACUUUUGCAAGCCACUCUCAGAAGAAAGUUUUGCCUGUAAUCCUAAUUUGCUAACAAUUUGAUAAAUGGGGAAAAGUUUGUGCCAGUUUUCCAGACUGCUGAUUCCAUAUCAGAAGUAAGACCAUCCUUCCCAUCCUCCAUGAACAGAUCACACUGCAUUACAGCCUCCAACUCCUCUCUGUUUCCCAAUCACAAAGGCUUUAUCAGGAGCUUGCCAAACUGGGCUUCCAGUGCUUUAGUAAAUGCUGCCAUGCGUAAUUUGAAAGAAGAAGAAAAAAAACUCCCAAUCUCACGGUGUCAUCUGGCAAAUUUCUCUGCCCCUCUUCCAUGUGUGGCUUCAGCUGGAAAUAUCAAUAGAAGCUUCUGUUGUGCUGGUUCUAAUCCCAGAUGUGAGAUAAACAUGUGCCCAGCUUGAUACUCUUCAGAAGGGUCCUAAACUCAUACCAACCGCAAUGCCUUUAUUUUGUAGGAUAGAUUAAGAUUUCUUUUUUAUUAUAUGAAGUCAGCAGCAGCUGGGUUUUACUCUCAGCUGAUGCCUCAAAGCUGACGGGGAGGAAAUAAACCGCCUCCUUCAGAAGAUAGUUAUACUAAACAUUUGCUGGCAUGAGUUCCUCUUUGAAGGAGCUCACAGUAUUAAAAAUGAAAGACUUCCUGAAUAAGUCAGGCAGUGGCUUCCUGGUAGCACAACAAUGUAACCACAACAACCAGCUUAAAGUAGAGAACCAAACAGUCUCACCAACACUUUCCAUAUAUGUAUAUAUGGGGGCGGGCGGUUAAAAUAUAUUAUCUCAAUAAAAGCAACAAUCCAAAAUUUAGCAAAAAUGAGCUUCAAGAUGAAUGUAAGGAUGUUUAAUUUGACCAACUGUUAGUUUAGUUUACUGUGAAUGACUAGUCAUGGUUAUACACUUGUAACGAUAUUGUAUGGUUAUGUAUGCAUGCAUGUAUGUACAUAUAUAUGCCAUUUAAUAUGUAUUUCUGGAAUAUCAGUAGGCAUGCACGUCAUAAAUAAAAAUUCUUAAAUAAUGA